AUGGACCAAACUCCAUGUCGUCGUAUUUAUGUGGAGAGAACUCUGGCCCUUAUUAAACCAGACGCUAUCCACAAAAGUGAGGACAUUGAGGACACUAUCCUCAAGUCGGGCUUCACUAUCAUACAGAAGCGGAAGCUGCAGCUAAGUCCAGAGCAGUGCAGUGACUUCUACUCAGACCAGUAUGGAAAGCUCUUCUUUCCCAGCUUGACUGCCUUCAUGAGCUCCGGGCCCAUCAUUGCCCUCACUCUGGCCCGUGACAACGCAAUCGCCCACUGGAAGUCCAUCAUAGGACCUGUCAACAGCAGCAAGGCCAAAGAAACUCAUCCAGAAUGCCUUAGAGCAAAAUAUGGCACAUCUGACCUAAAGAAUGCACUUCAUGGUAGUGAGUCAUUUCAUGCGGCUGAGAGGGAGAUCAAAUUCAUGUUCCCAAACUCUGUAAUUGAGCCCUUUCCCACAAGAGAGGCAACUGAAGAAUACCUGAGCAGAUGUGUAAACCCGACUUUGCUACGUGGACUCACUGAGCUCUGCAAGCACAAACCUCUCAACCCCUGUAUUUGGCUUGCUGACUGGCUGAUUAAACACAAUCCCAACAUGCCUCAAAUAUGGGAAGGAACCAUUGUGGAAGAAGCAGAAUGA